GAAUAUUUUACCGCCUGAGUUGGAAAUGGUUGCAAUGCCUUCUAGAUCUAUCACUUGCAGAAGCGUUUGCAAAAGGAUUUUAGGUUAUGUUUCCUUUUUCAAUUUUCAAGUGGUUUGGGUCUGGGCGUCAGGGCCUGGGAAAUUUUCUCAUAUUGCGAAACGUCAGCAGGUCAGCUGAUGGAAAAGCAGGAAAAUAUCUUUGAAAACCCUGUUAGGUUAUAGUUGAGCUCUGUGUUACUUAAAUAUUUAAUAUAGUUUAAUUUUUUAAUAACGGCCUCAAGUAUUGUUCAAAUUACGUGUUUUUUACUACUCAAGAAACCCCGUCGUUAAUUAAUUAAUAUUUUGUGAUAAUUGGUAUUUUAGGGUUUGUGAAAAUAGGGUAGUGGGUAUCUAGCUCGAAAAGUGUGGGAGUAAAUCAGAAAUUUCAUUGAAUAUGGCGAUAAGUGCUAGUGUAAAAGUGGAUUUGGGAGAGAAUUCCAAACUGAAAACAGCUAAAUUAGAGGAUAUAUCUGUUUGGAUUGUGGAAGACCGUGAUACCGAUGAUCAAGUGUUUGAAUCAAAGGAUGAUGACAACUUAGCAAAGCCAGGCUCUUCAGCAGAUCAAGUUGAAUAUGUUUUCCAUUCAAAAGGAUCCAAGAUGGAAAAAGAGAGGAAAAUUGGUCAUCGUCGUGUUGGAGUAGGAGGUGAGGUAACGUACAAGCGAAUUCAAACAACACAAAUCAUGGGCUCAAUUCAACUUGGUAUACAACACACCGUGGGAGGAUUGGUUUCCAAGCCAGAGCGUGACAUAUUAAUGCAAGAUUUUAUGACUGUAGAGAUAAUAAGCUUCAACCCUAAAGGCUCAAAUAACACUCCUGCUCAUCCAUAUCAGGAGUUUGUUUUCAAAACUUACGGACCAAAUGCAUUUAGAUAUUUUCGUGAUUUAUUCGGAAUCCGGCCUGAUGAUUUUCUAGUAUCGUUUUGUAGCUCAGUACUGCGAGAAUUGUCUAAUCCGGGAGCAAGUGGUUCAAUAUUUUACAUGACUGCAGACGACAAAUUCAUAUUGAAAACUAUCCAGAAUAAAGAAGGAAAAUUCCUACAAAAAUUGCUUCCAGGAUAUUAUAUGAAUCUCAAUCAGAAUCCCAGAACAUUGUUACCCAAAUUCUUCGGCCUAUAUUGUUAUCAAUGUAAAACUAAAAACAUAAGAAUGGUUGCAAUGAACAAUCUUCUUCCAUCAUCUGUUGUUCUUCAUCAAAAGUAUGAUUUGAAAGGUUCAACGUAUAAGAGAAAAGCUUCCAAAAGCGAAAGACAGAAAAAAAUUCCAACCUACAAAGACCUUGACUUUAUGGAGCAUCAUUCUGAGGGCAUAUUUUUGGAUGCAGAAAUCUACAACAGUUUGUUCAAAACUAUACAGAGGGAUUGCCGGGUACUGGAGAGCUUUCAUAUAAUGGAUUACAGCCUUUUGAUUGGUGUUCAUAAUUUGGAUGAGGCUGAGAAAGAGAAGGAUGUGAAGGAACAUACGAGGAAGAAGACGGACAGUGGAGAUGAUACUGAUGAUGAUAAAUCUGAAAAGUCGAGUUUGACGGGGAGUGUCGUACAUCAGAGGCUGUCGUACGUUGCAUCAUCAGGCAGCAAACACCCUAGCAUGGAUGACGAACUUCUUCCAGGUGGUAUACCUGCCAAAAAUGCCAAAGGAGAAAGACUGAUUCUUUUUAUAGGUAUCAUCGAUAUUUUACAAAGCUAUCAUCUGAAGAAAAAACUGGAACAUGCAUGGAAAUCGCUCAUACAAGAUGGAGAUACGGUUUCUGUAGUGAGACCAAAUUUCUAUUCUCAACGUUUCCAGGAUUUCAUGUCCAAAAAAGUUUUCAAAAAAGGUGUUCCAACGCCUAAAAAUUCACCACCUCCAAGGCGCCGAGCUAAUGUCAACUGCCCUUGAAUCUCGUCUGUCAGGAGAAAUAUCCAAACAUAGAAAAUGUUGUCACUCCGUACUUGGAUAUUUCUCACUAAAUAGGAAAAAACUGUGAAAUCCACAAGACACUUGAGUGUUGAGUGUUGUGCGCGUCCAUAUUAAAAUUCGAUGUUACCAAAUUCCACCCAAUUUUUUUUAUUCGCUGUUGAUAAACUUUUAAACUGAUUGAUUUAUAAAGCUUGAAUCAAUAUCCACUUAGUUAGAACCAGUUAUUUGAACAGAUACUUAGUCAUAAAAGCAGCUAGACUGGCUGUAGAUUAUCAAAGAAAAUUCCGGAAAGACAUUUUCAUUGAUCUCAAUUGCUAUCGUCGAUGGGGACACAAUGAAUUGGACGAUCCCACUUUUACAAAUCCAAUGCUCUAUA